AUGUAUUUUUUCUAUUUUAUACUCGUACAAUUUUUUACUCUCAACUGUGCCGAAUUGUUGUGUGAUGUUUAUGAAAUUUGGGACCCGGUACUAUUGGACCGUCACUCAUUUGUCUUCACAAUUCCCAACUAUCAGCUACCUAGCUCACGAGGUAGAUUGUAUAUAGGCAAUAUAACGUGCCCAUGCGAUGGAAUCAAGCAGUUCUGUCUUCGUAAAUGUUGCCUACCUGACGACGUUUUUUCUCACGAAAAGAAAUGCAUUUCCGGUGAGCAGAGAAAGGAACACAACAUACCAGGGAUCAAAAAAGCGUUAAAAAUUUCAAAUUCAACAAAAGUUAGGGUGGUUUCUGGAAGUUAUUGUAGCACUGUGAUUAAACCAAUCGACUUGUCAUCACUUCCACCGGUCAUGGAUUAUUGCGUGGAUUAUUUCAGCGAUUCUAAGGAUUAUUUAAUGGCGCAAUGUACAGAUACGAUAGAUGCUGUACCUCUCAUAUAUACCCUUUGUUUGGGAGUAUCGAUAAUGUUUCUCUUAUUAACCUUCUUGAUAUAUUGUUCAAUUCAAAGUUUGCGUAAUUUGCCGGGUAAGAUUUUAUUAGGGUAUGUGGCCAGUUUACUUGCCACUAAUAUUUUCUACGUCGUGAUACAAUUAUUGCUGAUUACGGAAGGAACUUUCUGCAUGUGUUCAGCAUACGCCAUGCAGUUCGCAUUUUUGGCAAGUUUUUUCUGGAUGAACGUUAUGUGUUUUGAUUUAUGGCGAACCUUCAGCGGAUAUAGAGCAUUUAAUGGAUUUUCCAAGGAAAAAGAUCGUAAAAAAUUCAUCAUUUAUUGUUUAUAUGCUUGGGGAUGCCCUGCACUCAUCGGUGUUCUGACUUUCGUCGUUGAUAAUACUGAUAUUAUUCCGGAAGACAUGAAACCAAAUUUAGCUCGCAAAGAUAGGUGUUGGUUUGGAGACGAUACAACACCAUUUUAUUACUUUUAUAGCUUCAUAUCUGUUCUGUUGAGUCUAAAUCUAAUUAUGUUCAUACACACGACGAUAAUAAUUAUAAAACACAAAAAUCAGGUUAAAGUUCUGAAAGGAAGUGAUAGUAAGCGACAUCACUUGGAUAAUGAGAAGAAGAGGUUCCAUGUGUACCUAAAAUUGUUCUCAAUGAUGGGCAUCAGUUGGUUGAUGGAAAUAUUAUCGUAUUUCUACCAGGAUGAAAGUAUAAUCUGGGAUGUGAUUGAUGUUUGCAAUAUGUUGCAAGGGACUUUCAUUUUCUUUAUAUUUGUUUGUAAACGAAGGGUGAUCAUUCUUCUGAAUAAGAAAAUAUAUCCUAAGAAGAUGCUGAUAGAAGAAAAUAUGAGAUCGAAUAGUUCCUACUCCAAUAGUAAUGCUAAUAAUAGCAAUUCUAUACGUAAAGAUCAUUUGAAAGCUUCGUUAAAGGUAGAAAUGAUAACUGUGCAUUCAACGGAGAACAAAAUAUAAAGAAAUGAAUUUGUUCAAUUUUUCAAUAUUA